ACGGUAAUUCAUCCCAUGAUUCCUUUCAGCCAAACGCUAUUUAUGGUUUCUACAGAAAGAUUGUACCGAAUAUAGGGACAGCGACUGGCCAAAAAACGGCUAUAUUAAGAGCACACCGGAGCCUGCGUUUUCUCCAGACAUCGCAAGGCUUCCCGCGAGCGACGGACAUCAUGAACACGGCUGAUUUUCAGACGCAGCUGACGUCCAUAAUGGAAAUUAUGGCGAGGACCGCUGUCGCUGAAAUAAGCAAACUUUUCGAGGAGAAUUCUUUGCUGCUGCGGUUAGAGAUUUCGCGGCGUUCGAGCGAAAACGAAUCCCUGAGAAAGAAAUGCCAUUUCCUGGAGAAGGAACUUCAGUUCGCGCGGAAAACCGCCGGGAAGGUGAACGGGAUAGAAGCUCCGUUCAGCCAUCCGGGACUUACAGACACCGAACGGCAGCCCACCAUCGAUAACGUCUUUGGUAAGGAAUGGUGCAUGAAUCUCUGGAGACACGAGGAGUCAAAUGCUGGUCAGAAGGACGACACGCAAUUAGACUCUUCAGUCAACGCAGAAGAGGCAAUAAAUUUGCUGGAUGAAGAACCAGAUGUGAUUAUGAUAAAUGAGGAGAUGCUGAAGAAUGGCAAUUGCGCUGGGAAAAAUAAACACGAGGAAGACGAAAGUAGCAGCUUGAGAGGACCUGCAGCGACCGGUGAUGAGAGAUGUGUCGCCCAGAGCUCUGAAGAUUUUAUCACGUACACGGUACCUUCAGAUGAGCCAGACCGAUCGAAUGUACACCAGACAGCAGCUGAAGAGCAAGCUCUCGAUGGAGCUCCACACGGAGACAUCGCAGCAGGGCCAGACCUGAGCCUUGACGUGAGGUUUAUUCCCGACAACCUGAAUUUCAACGAGGCCUUCACACCAAAGAGCAAAUUCAAGUGUGUGUUCUGUGAUAAAACCUUUGAGUACUUAAGCCACAUGACGAGACACAUGCGAAAGCACUCCGGAGAAAAACCCUACAUCUGUACCGCUUGCGGCAAACGGUUCGCUCAGAAAACGUAUCUCACAACCCACGAGCGCACCCAUUCCGGGGAGAGGCCGUACGCGUGCAUGGAGUGCGGAAAGAGCUUUUCUCAAAAAUCCUCUCUGAACGUACACCUCCGAAGCCACACCGGAGAAAAGCCAUAUAGCUGCUCGCUCUGUGGUAAAAGCUAUGCCUUCAAAAUAGCCCUUAGAACGCACCGGUGUUAAAACGGAAAUAAACAGCUACUGUCUUCUUAUAGUUUUAGUAUAAAAAGUAUGAAUAUCUUUCUUAUCUGUUGUUAUAAAAUAAAUGUAAAAAAAAGUCACGGUGCAAGAAAAUGCUGAUGGCGAAGAUCCUUUGUUUACACGUGCAAUAUAGUGACUAUAAAUACAUGUGCUCACUAACACUAAACAGUGUCCUAUUAUAAUUGAUUACAGGCAAUAUGUUAUGGUAUAAACACUGAAAUGUGUUCUUGUGUGUAGGUUCCUCAUACUUUGGAAAAGGAACUAUGGAUUUGUUCACGCUGUAAUUUUAUGUCAUCUACCGUUGGUAACUUAACAUUUUUACUUUUACGUUUUGCCCUCCCUCAAACAUUUUACACUGCACCAUUGUUUUUAUCUAUUUAACAGUUUUCUAAAUAAACUAUUCGUUUCUU